CCAUGAGCUCCAGUCUGUUCAUCGUCUUCGCUCUGACUGUGGCGGGAGCUAGUGCUGCCCCCAGUGCCGUAAUCGCCGCCCCCGUAGCCUACGCCGCCCCCAGCGUAGUCACCGCCUCCAGUCAUCAAGUAGUAGCUAGGAACUACAAUGGUUUGGCACCCGUUGUCCCUGCGGCCCCCUACGUUUCUCCAUAUGCAGCCCCCUACGCUGCACCUUACGCUGCACCCUACGCUGCACCCUAUGCUUCGCCCUAUGCUGCCCCCUACGUAGCAGCCCCCUAUGCUGCUCCUUUGGCCCCUUACGCAGCACCCUACGUCUGGUGAAUGGCAAAUGUUUGAACCCAUUAGUGAUUUUUAGAAAAUUGUAAAUAUUUAAUAAAUUCUU